AUGCUUGCUCCUCCACUUUUGAGCUACAUCAUCGCUAACGUAUGCAAUAACAACCCUGGAAGACUUGCGACUUUUGUCUCAUUGGCAUAUAUGUAUCAUACACUUCCGCGUAUCUGCCUCGUGCAGUUUCACGGAGAAGUUGUUGAUAGAUUGCCUCGAGUCCCGUGCAUCGUUAUUAGCCAACUGGUUGAAAUUCUUCUCUGGAUUGUAAUUUGCUGGAGUAAAGAUAUGCAUUUGAUCCUGGCACUGUAUGGGGUUCGAGCAAUCUUGAAUUUGCACGAUUUUGCUAAAACUCUUUACUUGUUUGAUCUCACCCUGCACUUGGAUUCGACACAUCGUGAUCCCAAUUCUAACAAUGCAGGAGCAGAAUUGUUGAGCAAGACUGCUUGCUCUGAAGCUGGACUUCGUCACAUCCAAGUCGGCGGCGUGUUCACCGGUGUGUACACUGGCGCUGGUUCUGUUGUUGGGCACAUCGUCGGCAGCUUGGUUCUUUCUAGCGAGGCUCUCUCAAUCCGUCAUGCAAUAUAUAUCGCGCUAUCGGUCUUGUUUGUUUCUCAGUUUCUCGUAGUACUUCUACCUGAGUCUAAACCCCACAACACCAAUUUGCCUCCCCUUGUGAUUCUGUCAGCUGCCAUUCGUGGGGCACGAGGCGAAGUGUGGUUUGGAUUUCGCGACCAGCUAGCAAGAUGGCGGACCGGUGAGAAGUUGCUUGUUGAUCUGACUAUCUUUUUUUUGUUGUUUUCAUGGGGUAUGACUAUUUACUUCUUCACUAUUUUCAAUGUAUUUCAAUACAAGUUUGAUCCAAACGCCAAGCUACGUGCUGAAUUUGGCCUUGUUUUGAUUGCUCCUACAAGCAUUGGGACCUACUUGUGGUGGAGACAUUUUAGACAUGGGAACAAGACUGAAAUAUAUGUGAUGCCGUGCGACAAUACCACUUGGCGCCAUGUGGACGAGCCAAGCUCCAAUAGACAAACAGGGUCGACUUUCUGCCAUUUCUGUGAUACUCUAUGUUACUUUAGUUGGCAUACCCUGUUUCUUUCAUGCCGCUUUUACCUCCUUCUGAUGAUCCUCGUCAUGCUCACCGGAGGAGGACGACGAGGAGGAGGACGGCGCCGCGCCGUUGGCCGCGUCGCCGGCCGCGGGAACGAAGAACUCGUCGUCGUCGUCGCUGUCGCUGCUCUGGUCGUCGAGGGCGUCCUGGUGGCGGCGCCAGCGCUCCCACCCCUCGAACGCCCAGCGCACGUGCCAGCGGUGGCGCUUCCGGCGGAACGAGACCAUGGAUGA